AUGGGGGGUCCCACUCCAUCCGUCAUUUCUCCUUUCCACCUUCGCUUUCCGAUUUCCUCUGCCUCCCUGUCAGCUCUCUGCGCUCCUCCCCAAACCUUCCGUGAUACCGACCGUGGUGUUAGCAUGGCGACCAGUAGGAGAGCACUGCCUGCGACUGAAUUCCCCCUCCAGGUGCCAGUGGGCAUCGGUGGGUACAUGGUGACGCUGGAGAUGAAGGACUGCGAAGUCCUUCGCGACGAGAAGGCCGAGUUCACAGAACCUUGCUUCGACCUCGGCCUCGCGUACGAGCUCGAUCGUCUGGGAAAAGGCGACAGGAUGAUCCUGAUCCGCGGUGCGAGUCUUCGCGCCGCCAGGACGGCGUCGAAGGCGGACUAUCUGGUUUUCGGGUCGGCCUUCGGCUUCGAAGCCCUCGCCAUCCCCCUGUGCACCGGGGGCGGACCUCUUCCCGGCAGGCACUGCAGCGUCCUGCUUGUUGUGCGCCCUGGCGACCUGCUUUUGCCCGACGAGGAGGAGAUCGGGACGUUCUACCGUCACCUCGACCCCAAGACCUCCUCCAAGCGGCACGAGGAGGAGGCGGCCAACGUUUUGAGGUUUUUCGGCGAGUGCGUGAAGGCGGAGUUGAACCGUGAGGGAAGGCAGUGGACGGCUGCGCCUCCUUCCGUCGAAGUCGUCUCCGAACGUCUGGAGAGUCUUGCCGCCCCCAUCCGUGAUAAAUUGUCCGACAUCCUCAAGGAGGAGGUCGCCGACACGGGGCUGUUGGCGGUCAACGCGUUCGCGUGGUCGUUGGAGCAUCUGGACGACGUGUAUCGCAGCUACGAUCCGCUCAUCGUCGAGAACCCGAAGAUGGUCGGCUUGAAGGCGCUCCGACUGGAGCUGCUGCACCACGCGGAGAAGGUCGCGUCGAACAAAGGGGAGGCGGCGUCGACCGUGGGCCGUGGCGUCGGAACCGGCAUCGCUCUGGGUGGGGAGGAGGAGCACGAGAGGGAGGACGUUGAGGGGGGCGGGGAGCACGACGGUGGCUCGGAAGAAGAGGAGGAGGACGUGGAGCGUGAGGAGGACGACGUGGCUGUCACCGGCGAAGAGGAGGCAGUACAGUUCGCCGGUGAGAAGGUUGCGGAUAAGAGCGGCGGCAGCGGACCCAAGUUGGGCAAGAAGGCCGGGAGCAGCAGUGGCUCGACCCCGACUAGGAUGGCGUCAAAGGCGGCUAUCGAGCGUCUGAAGGCGGCGGAGAGGGAGAUCAAGAAGCUGAGGGAGGAGAAGCUGGUGGCGGAAAAGAGGCUGGAGUUCCAGACGGCCCGGAAUGACAAGAUUUACGGCGUGGUCACCUCGGCCGUGAACAAGCUCACUACAGUCGCCGAGGGCGUGACCCAUCUCGAGCAGACGUCGGGGAGGAGCAUCCAAACGGCGGUGGACGCUAUGAGGGCGGUCGUGCAGGAGGCGGUGAGCUAUCGCGGCUCCACCCUAGAAUUCAUGAACACGCAGUGGCUGCCCACCGUGCAGGCCCUGCACUUGACGGCUACUGCUGCACAGGGUAGGCGACGGGAGGACGACCUCCUGCUGCUUCGAGGUGUGGCAGAUGCUCUCGGCCAGAAGAUCAAAACAGUCGUGUCUGCCGAGGUGAAGGCCGCCAUGGAGGGCGAGGCGCAGCGGAUCGCCGCUGCCGUGACUGCGAAGGUCGUCCAAGAGCUUAGGGACGACCUGGUGAAGGCGGUCACCUCCGCGACCCAACAGGGCAUUGGCACCGCCGGGUUUAGCCUCCUCCCAACUGCUCUCGCGUCGGUGAUGCACGGCGGUCGCGCAACCGCCGAGGAGAGUGGGCCGGCCCCAAGGCAGUCGGGGAAAAGCAACCAGGUGGUCGACCAAGGAGCAGAGGCAGCGAACGUCGCGGCGGUGACUGCAGGGCCGAGUGGCUCAACGGUGGAGGCGGCUGUGUGGAGAGCGGCGGAAGAGGCCGGCGGGGUGGACGAAGAGAUCCUCGCCAGCAUCGUGAUGCCGGACCCGGAAAUCGAGGUCAUGCGGGAAAAACUACAAGCAGCAGCUCCCACCGUGGGAGCGCAACAGGGUGCACCAGCCGCCUCGACUGCUCCUGCGGAGGACCAUAGCGCGGCUAGCGCCAAAUCCCCCCCGGCCACAACCGGUGAGGUCGGCGAUGGGAAGCAGAAGCGCAAGGGCAAGGACAAGGCGAAGGGCGGCCCGCUGAAGGUCGGCUCUUCCAAGGGGACGUCCAAAGCGGCCGCGCAGGGUCGGAAGGGUUCAGGCGUCCGCGUUGACCCUUCAAGUGGGCUGGCCGUCUCAGAGAUGAAGUUUGGGAAGAAGAGCCGUUACAUCUGUCGGUCGAUGGACAAGUUCGAGGCCGCCUAUUGCAUCGCUGUCGCCGUUUCGUCGUUCGACGGCUUCGUAAGCGACGUCGUUCUCGACGAGUUCGGUGGGGUCAAGGAGGAAGUGAUGGCGCAGUAUAAGGCGGACUGGAAUGUGGCGCGAUUGAUUCCGGGGGGCAUGUGGAUGGUCAUGUGGAGCCGAGGGGCAAACGUCUUCCGCGAUAGGAUAACCGGAGCCGACCGCGCAGCUCUCAUGUUGGCUCUUCGCCCGGCGGUGUGGUUCGGCGACCUUCCGGAGUCGACCGAGCCCGAGAAGGCCGCGAAGAACAAGGUGGCGAACGACAUGAUCGCACGCGUUUCGAUGUGUGCCGCCUUCGCACCGGUGGCCGCGAAAGUGACGCCCAUUCCGGGCGUCGGGUCGGAGCGGUUGUCCGAGAUCCUCGCCAGUACUGCGGCCGCGGUGUGGUGUUUUUCGGAGACCAAUGCCACGGCGGAAGUAGCGGCCGGCGAAGGGGGGGCGGCAGCGACCGUGCGCGGAGCGUCCAACGAGUUCGCGAGUCGGUGUCGGACCGUCAUCGAGGCGGUGCUUCAGCGGGCGACCUCCCGGGUGGUCGUCGUAGGGGAGGUCGCCGAAACGGUGACGAAGGACCUGCAGGCGGCUGUGGUGAGGUCGCUGCCUGAGGUCGGAGAGGAGCGCGAGCACGACGAGCUGAUCGCCCGUGUCAUGAUAGAGAACCUCGCCUUCUAG